CGCCGGGCCCCGCCGGAGCUGCCGCCGCCCGCCCCUCCCGCGCUGCCGCUGCGGCAUGCCCACGCCGGGAGGCGGUGGCGUGAGAGUCGGCGGUGUUCGCUGGCGCGGCUCAGCCCAGGCUGGGAGGAGAAACGGCUUCUCCAGCCUCCCGUGGGGACCGCCUUUCUGACUGAAACCGCCGGUGAGGGCCGCGUAACGGAAGGCGGCCCUCUCGGCGGGGCGCCUGAGGGGAGCGCGCCCGCAAGCCCGGCCUGGGAGGGCAUGCGGGGGUAGCCCGCGCCGGCAGCCAAGCAGCGGCGCCUCCCUUUCCCGCAGCCCCCCGCCGCAGCCUCGGUGGUCGCUGCGGAGCUGGCUUCAGGCGGCCCCAAGAUGUUCAGCUGGCUGGGCACCGACGACCGCCGGAGGAAGGACCCCGAGGUUUUUCAGACGGUCAGCGAGGGUCUGAAAAAGCUCUACAAAACCAAACUGCUCCCCUUGGAGGAGCACUACAAGUUCCACGAGUUCCACUCGCCGGCCCUGGAGGAUGCUGAUUUCGACAACAAGCCCAUGGUGCUCCUUGUGGGGCAGUACUCCACUGGGAAGACCACCUUCAUCAGGUACCUGCUGGAGCAGGAUUUCCCUGGGAUGAGGAUUGGGCCAGAGCCUACAACUGACUCCUUUAUAGCAGUUAUGCAAGGAGAUGUGGAAGGAAUCGUUCCUGGAAACGCACUUGUGGUGGAUCCCAAAAAACCAUUCAGGAAACUCAAUGCCUUUGGCAAUGCUUUUUUGAACAGGUUUGUAUGUGCCCAGCUGCCUAAUCCUGUGCUAGAGAGCAUCAGCGUCAUUGAUACACCAGGAAUCCUUUCUGGAGAAAAACAGAGAAUUAGCAGAGGUUAUGACUUUGCCGCUGUACUGGAGUGGUUUGCAGAGCGGGUUGACCGUAUCAUUCUCCUUUUUGAUGCGCACAAGCUGGACAUCUCUGAUGAAUUCUCCGAGGUCAUCAAGGCCCUGAAGAAUCACGAGGACAAGAUGAGAGUUGUUCUCAACAAGGCUGACCAGAUAGAGACUCAACAGCUGAUGCGGGUGUACGGUGCGCUCAUGUGGUCCCUGGGAAAGAUUGUCAACACUCCUGAGGUCAUCAGGGUCUACAUUGGCUCCUUCUGGUCCCACCCAUUGCUCAUUCCUGACAACCGCAAGUUGUUUGAGGCAGAGGAGCAGGACCUGUUCAGAGAUAUCCAGAGCCUGCCCCGCAAUGCAGCCCUGAGGAAGCUGAAUGAUCUCAUCAAGAGAGCUCGGCUGGCCAAGGUCCAUGCCUACAUCAUCAGCUCCCUAAAGAAGGAAAUGCCCUCAGUGUUUGGGAAAGACAAUAAAAAGAAAGAGCUUGUUAACAACUUGGGAGAAAUUUAUGCCCGGAUUGAACGGGAGCAUCAGAUCUCACCAGGAGACUUCCCUAAUCUGAGAAAGAUGCAGGAUCAGUUGCAAGCCCAGGAUUUUAGCAAGUUCCAGCCUCUGAAGAGCAAGCUGCUGGAGACUGUGGAAGACAUGCUGGCCAAUGACAUCGCCCAGCUCAUGGUGCUUGUACGCCAGGAAGAGUCACAGCGGCCAACCCAGAUGGUGAAGGGAGGAGCCUUCGAGGGCACCUUGCAUGGUCCAUUUGGCCAUGGCUAUGGUGAAGGCGCUGGUGAAGGGAUCGAUGAUGCUGAAUGGGUGGUGGCCAGGGACAAGCCCAUGUAUGAUGAGAUCUUCUACACACUCUCGCCCGUUGAUGGUAAAAUUACCGGUGCCAAUGCAAAGAAAGAGAUGGUAAGGUCUAAACUGCCCAACACUGUGCUGGGCAAGAUAUGGAAACUGGCCGACAUUGACAAAGAUGGUAUGCUGGAUGAUGAGGAGUUUGCCUUGGCGAAUCAUCUCAUUAAAGUCAAGCUGGAGGGUCAUGAGCUGCCAAAUGAGCUCCCUUCCCAUCUCCUCCCUCCAUCCAAAAGGAAAAUAACAGAGUAAAAGGAAGAUUACAGGGAGAGGGAAAGGGAAGGGGGGAAAAAUAUCUAGAAAAACAUGUUUAACUUAAGUUAUAUGUUUAGAUGUGAGAUCACCUUUGGAUUUAUAUGUAUUUUGCUGUAUGAAAAGUAAAGCAGAGCAAGAGUCCAAUCCUUCAUGAUAAUAUGCAAUUAGCUCUUCCAGUGUAAUGUCUGUGCUUUCUAAUGUGUAGUUUGUAAGUAUGAAGGUAAAGAAAGUAUGUUGAAACUAGAAGUAUCUGAUAAGUGGGAGCAGAAGAAAAAUCUGAAGUGGACUCUUAUUUUCUUGAGGGGAGAAUAGUCACUAAGAAAUACGCUAACUGCCAGUGUCACUCCUGAGCUUUGGCUGCACCUUCUGCUGUUUAAUGGGUCUCACAAACUUCAGGAAACUGUGAUCUUGAUGGUGAAGAGGCAACCACAAGAUCUCCAAACUACUGGCCAAACUAAAAAGCACUUCUUAAUUAAAAUAAGCCCCCACUAAAAUACUAGAUAUUAAACCCCAGAGGUAAUUUUAGGAACCCUAAUUCACUGUUGGAUGCAAAUUUACAAGCAUUUCCCCAUCCUUAAAGAAAAAACUAUAAAUAAAAUCUGAAACAGCUCUGAACCAGGCAGGUGGAGUUCCUCAUUGUUCAUUGUGGGCAGGCAAUAAGAAUUCCCAGUCACCUCUACCUCCCAUUCAGUCCUGUAGGAGAUUUUUUCUGCAGGCAUGACCAAGAGCCACCCUCCCAAGGGAAACAGAAGGAGGGGAAACUAGGAGCAGACAUCAGGUAGGUUGGAAGGGAAGCACACCACUCCUAAGCUCACUGGAGGUUUCACAGCCAUUGGGUCAUGUUUUCUCUCUGAACAAUGGUGGUGUUUAUCAUUCCUGUGAGGUGAUCUGCUUUCCAUCACCAUGCACAAUGAAAACUUCUAGGUCCCACUCUUACUGUAAGGAUAAAAAACCCACACUGUCAGGUAGAUGGUCCAUCAUAAGAGCAGAUAACACAGUGGGGCAGUGGGCAGAGCUUGCUCUACAGCCUGUGCCCCCACAAAUAUAGCAGAGAUACUCACCCAUUCUCCUCAUGACACAGUAACACAGUAACACUUGAUCCUCUCCAGAACUUCCACCCUGAGCCAAGAGACCUUCCCCACCUCUUUCAUGCUCUAUGAUAUUUUUGUUUUUAAGACCUGAUUUUGGCAGAAAACCCACAAUUUCCUACUUUGUUUCUCAAAGACACACACAGGCACUCUACUGGUUUUUGUUGUUGCUUUGGAGCAGCGUGUUGUUUCAGUUCCUGUUAUCACUUUAUAUAAGUUAAGCUCCUACUGUGAUGGAAAACCAAGACAAGUAUAACUUAUUUUAUAUCUCUGUGUUCAUAUUAUAUAGAGAAUUAUAUUCUGUGUAUGUAGGAUGUGCUUAUUGCAGUACAUUUAUCAUUUGUCUUAAAAAACUAAUGCAUUAACCUUUUUUGUACACCCUGGUCCCAAAACAUUAUUAAAAAAGAAAGGCCA